AUGGCAGAGCAGAUUGCUAGAGACGCAGCUAACGCGUUCGCUUCGUUGAAAACACUUUCGAAUGACCAAAGAUCGACUGCCCUUCAGAAGAUCCAUGUCAACCUUUUGAAGCAGAAGGACGAAAUCUUGGUUGCCAACAAGAAGGAUAUGGAUAACGCUAUUGCUUCGAAUUUGUCGUCUUCCUUGGUAAAGAGAUUGGAUCUCUCCAAUAGCGGGAAGUUUGACACCAUGUUGCAAGGGAUUUUGGACGUAGCUGACUUGCCAGACCCAGUAGGCAAGUGCACACUUGCCAGGAAAUUGGACGAAGGAUUGAACUUGUACAGAGUGACCGCUCCAAUCGGAGUUUUGUUGAUUAUUUUUGAGUCUAGACCUGAAGUCAUUGCCAAUAUUACGGCAUUAGCAAUCAAAUCAGGAAACGCUGCCAUUUUGAAAGGUGGUAAGGAGUCCUACGAGACCUUCAAGGUGAUGAGUGACAUUGUGAACUCGACCUUAGCCCAGGAGACCGACGUCCCUGGAUUGGCCGUGCAAUUGAUCCAGUCAAGAGACGAAGUCAGUGGUCUCUUACUGCAGGACAGAUACAUUGACUUAGUCAUUCCAAGAGGAUCCAACGAGUUGGUGCGUAACAUCAAAGACAACACCAAGAUCCCAGUAUUGGGCCACGCCGAUGGAAUCUGCUCCAUCUAUGUCGAUAAUGAGUUCGACAUGGAGAAGGCCAAGAGGGUCAUCAUCGACCUGAAAACCAACUACCCGGCUGGCUGUAACGCAGCCGAGCAACUUUUAGUGAAUUCAUCCAUUGACGAAGCUUCACUCAACGAGAUCUUGGCGGCGCUAGUUGAAGCUAAGAUUACUAUCCACGUCACCCCAGAAGUGAAGCUGUUGAUAAGGUCAUCGAUAUUAGAGCAAAACGCUGCCUUUAUAAAGGAUACUGUUGCUGACUCCUUCGAUAAGGAGUACUUAUCUCUCGACAUAUCUGUGACGUUCGUCCACUCUACUGAAGACGCCAUUAAACACAUCAACACGCACUCGUCCAAGCACACCGAAUGUAUUAUUACCGAGAGCAAGGAGAAGGCGGACAAGUUCUUGGGAGGGAUCGAUUCGGCAGGUAUAUAUUGGAACUGUUCCACCAGAUUUGCUGACGGGUUCAGAUACGGAUUUGGUACCGAGGUCGGUAUCAGUACCAACAAGAUCCAUGCGAGAGGACCUGUGGGCUUGGAGGGGUUAAUGAGUUAUCAGUACCAAUUGAAGGGUGAUGGACACAUUGUAGGAGAAUACUUAGGUGGUGGAGGAAACAAGGUAUUUGUACAUGAAGAUUUAGACAUAUAG